UCUGCUGUGCACUGUCAUGCCGUGAAACUAUUUCGCUUUCCAUUAUUGGCAGUGUUAUCUAAUUUUCUGACAGAAUGGAUGAGGAUAACAGCAACCGAGAAGAACUUUUAGGGUUUAAGCCACAGAAAGAAAUCUUUUACAACACUCUUUUGCCAUAUGCGGACAAGUUAGACGAAGAAUCUUGUCAACAUUUCGCCGAAAUCAAAGGCGAACUUUCUCGGGCUGUUGCUCUUCGUGAUCUCAAAGUUGGGGCCAGUUAUUGGGUUGGCCAGUUGUCACGAUACAUUCGUAUAUAUGGCCGAAAGUUCUCUAAAGAUGACCAUGUGUUGUUGAUCAAGCUGCUGUAUGAUUUGGUGACAAUCCCGGAGCUGGAAAUUUGCCUUGUGGUCAAAUUCAGUAACUUGCUCAGCACAUUGCUCAAGAAAAGAGAACUGUUGACCAGGGAUGACCUGGAGUUGCAGUGGAAACCAUUAUACAACCUUGUGGAAUCCAUAUUGUACUCUAGAUAUGAACAGCAUGGGCUACAGCUCUUUCCCUCGAACAUUGAUGGGACUCUUAAAGGGCUGGUCAGAGUUUGCAGACCUUACUUCCCUUUGGAGGCUACCCAAGAAAUGUUGGAUGAGUGGCGUCCUCUGCUUUGUCCAUAUGACAUCACUAUAAUAAAGGGAUUGGGAUAUUUUGAGAACUUUCUUCCCACUAAACUACCUCCAGAGCAUCACAGUAAAGGAUUCAAACUUUGGUUUGAAGAGAUGAUGAAUAUGUGGGACUCCUUUCAUAACACACCAUCAUUUGAAAAUCUUUUGGUGGCGUUAUUUUCACGCCUGGCAAGUGACAACAUUGGUUAUGUGGACUGGACGCCUUAUAUACCAAAGAUCUUUACUAGAAUCAUACGGAGCUAUAAUCUUCCAGUGGGCACCCAGUCUGUGCAGAUUGGCCGUUCACAUAACAGCUACGAUGUGGGAAGAACCUCAACAUGGAUGGCAGCUAUGCUGGGAGGUGGAAGCUCUGCUCAGGACACCAUAGAUAAACUGUUUGGGGGUCUCCAGACGUUUUACCAUCCGUCCAACAUGGGUCGAUGGAAUAUGAAGUUGAAUCAGGUUUUACUGAGGUUACCACAAGCUGUUGUGAGAAGGAUUCACAGAGAGCGAUAUCGAAAGCCUUCUUGGGAGCAGUCAAUCCCAGACUCUCACAAAAUGACAGAUGACGAAAUCACUCGCUUUGUGCUGUGUAUGAGACCUGUGGCUCUCAUUGCGAUAUUUGGGAAGUUUGGAUCCCAUGAAGCGGGACUGGCAUUGAAAUAUCUAGCAACUUUACGUCCUGAACUGAUUGUACCUCCACUUCUAGAGAGAACAUAUCCAGCCAUGGAAACCUUGACAGAGCCUCACCGUUUGAUUUCCUGUAUGACCUCCCUGGUGGGUGUGGCUGGGCCCAUGUUGAGGGCAGGCAAAUGGUACAAGGAAGGGCCCUCCCAUAUCCUGCCAUUGCUGCGCUUGUCUCUGCCUGGUAUUGACCCUAAUGACUUCAAGAAGUGUUUGGUGACAUUUCAGAUGAUCUCCACGUUUGUGUCACUGGUGCCUCUUGUAGAUUGCUCAGAGGCUAACCUGGUCAGGACAGAUCUCACUGAGGAGGAGAGAGAGCUGUGCUCUGCUACUGCCCAGUUUGAGGACUUUGUCUUGCAGUAUAUGGAUAAGAUCUUUAUGUUGAUUGAGAACAAUGCUCAAGACAAUGGUCACACCACAGAGCACCUGAAUCCAGAACAGAGACUACUGGAGCUGGGUCUGACCUCUACCUUCACAUCAGUCCUUCAGCAGUCCUCCACACCAAUAUUCCAGUCAGCCCUAAGGAGGCUGUAUGCUUUUACCACGGACACAGUUUUGGAGGCCAAGGUGGGAGGCCGCUUUGUGGCCAAUCUUUGCCGGGCUGCAGCCAGGGUGCACCCAGAACUGGCUCUGAAGAAAUUCAUACCAAUGCUGACAAACAAUAUCAAACAUCAGAUGACAGCACAUGGGAACAUUACCAAAGAUGAACAGCUGGACGACAGCUUACUGUGGAACAUUGUGCUGCUAUCUGAGGUUGUACGUUGUGACGGAUCUGUCCUGAUGAACUACCUGGAUGAGUUGACGGAGGUGCUCAAGCUAACCCUCCACCUCACCUGUAAGCAGGCCUACGAGCUAUCUGCCAGCACUCUCAAGUCUCUCCUGCGAGCCCUCACUCUUGUCUACCCGCUGGACUUCCGCAGCGUGGCCACAGAUGUGGACACUCCGGUCAAAGAUUACCUGGCUAUCAGGGACUGGGGGAAGGCUGGAGACCUGAAGGACCUGGGCAUGAAGUGGCACGUUCCCUCUGACAGGGAGAUCACUGCUGCUGAACGGCUGACCCACAAGUUCCUCACCCCAGAGCUAGAUAGCAUCAAAUCUGUCACUACAGACAACAUGUCUCGAGAUGAAUUGUUGCAGAGGUUGACAAUAGUUGGGGAGAUCUUAAUGGGAACAGGAAGUCUGUUACCAGGCAUCCAAGGGAAACCACUCCAGCUAGUGGACAGCAUGGUACCCCUGACAAAACUGACCUUUACUGGCAAAACAACAGACAGAGUGAUAACUCUGGAUGGGAAGAAUGUGCGAGAAGCAGUAAUUGAGGCAAUCAGGCCACUUCUGAGUUUUAUGCUGGCAAGCUGUGAAGAUGAUACAAAAGGACUCUUCAAACUGCUAUCAAUUUACAAUGCAGUCCUAUUUUUCCAUGGAGCUAAAAAAGAUGACUUUGAUGGCAGGUGGAAGAGUUUCCAGGUAGUGAAGAAAGGAUUAGAGGAUAAGCUGCAUGGCAGUAAACAUCACAUCAGAGCUCUGCUGGUGGACAGGGUGCAGCUACAAAAUGAGAUGAGGCUGCUGUCCAGCACAGGCUCCACAAUAACGGAGUCACAUGUGAUUCUGCUGAAGGAUUUGCUCAUGCUGGCACUCAGUAGAUACAGUGAGGUACGGAAGAAAGCCCAGGCCUCACUUAUUGUGGGUUUCUAUGAGUUCCCGUACUCGUACCGCUGUCUGCUCUCUGAUAUUCUGUCUGGGCUGAAGGAUGACCCGGAGAUUCCAGAGUACAAGUUUAAGGGUUCUUUGUUCCUGUUGCUGGGUAAUGGGAAGCAGUGUAUGGCCAUAAAGAGGAACUGGGAGAGCCUGGGUCAGAUCUGGCCAGCCCUGGUCACCUCCCAGCACUCCGAAAAGCCUUCCAUCCUCAAACUGAUAGAUGACAUCAUGAACAAGAUCUGCAAGAACUUUGAGACAGUCACCAUCAUCUCUAAGGUGAGCUCUAGCAGUGUGUCCGAUGCUUUGGCCCUCAGCCAAUCCGCCUGCCCCAAACCCUCAGGCUUACCGCCUUCAGAGGAUCAGAUCACAGCUGGCUUGGCUGGUGAGGAGCAGAGGAACACUACAGCCAGCAGGCUAUAUAGGAAGCUGGUAGAUGACUUGGUGGAGCUAGUUGAAGGAGGAAAACUGCGUUGGAAGUUUGUGGAGAUCGCGAUGGAGCUGUUAACCUUGAUGCUGCGUCAUGACGUUCCACCUCCCCCGUCUGUCAUCUUACUGUUCACAAAGCGUCUAGCUGAUGACUCUCUGAGGGUCAGGAAGCUCGCAAUUGGGGCAGUGUCUGCAAUACAGAAGCAGCUCAAAAGACCGCAUAAGAAAAUCAAAGUAGACCCCUUCAGUAUAUGUGGAGCCCCUCGUAAUGGGCAAAUCGUACCUGGGGGCAGGGUAGACAACUCGUGGCAUAUGUAUCCAAAGUCUGACGUGCCUCUUUCCAAAGAGGCCUGGAACCGUAUUGUGUUUGUAGAUAAAACACAUUGGGGAUAUUAUCAGUGGCCGAGCCAGCUGUCUGUGUAUGCUGGGUAUGAAGAGCAGCCUAAGGUAGACCGCACUGCUGAGGAGUUGACCCCUGGGGAACUUGUCAUCUACACCGCCCUCAAUGACCAGCAGUUUGUGGACAAGCUGCUUGACUUCAUGUCACUCGAGGAACACAAGGGAAAGGACAAGUUUGAAGGGAAACAUGUGACCUUGUUCAAGGGUAUAUUCCGUAACUUUGGGGACAUGUUUCUGGAGAAGUUCAAGCCAGGUGUGGAGCGUUUGGUGACAGACAGGAGCCAUGAGAAACACGAAAGCAGUCAGCGGUGUGCCAUGGAGGUGCUGGCUGGUAUCAUCCGUGGCUCAAAGCACUGGCCUUACGACAAGCUGCGCCCAAUGUGGGACUGGGCAGGAGACAUCCUGAAGAAGGCCUUGGUGAAUAUCACAGUGGAAACCAUGGAUGACUGGGGAUCAUUCUUCAGUGUCAUUUGUGAGAGCCGUGAUCCGCGCAAGUUGACCUGGAUGUUCAAACUAGUCAUGGAGUCAGUGCUGACGGGGAAUGGGGGGUCUUUUGGGGAUGCCAGCCGUCUGUUCAUCAUCCAGCAUGCGAUAGUACAGCAGGAGUGGAGAAUACCAGAAAUCCUGAGGCGUCUGUUCAACUCCCUCAGUCCACAUCUGGCUCACCCCUACAAGAACGUCCGUGACAGACUGGGAGGCCUUCUGUCUAACAUCUUCCUGUAUGACUACGUGAUUCCUGGUGGCGCCCCCACAGACAACCCCAAGAGGAGUGAACUCUUACAGUAUGUCCUACCCCAGCUGGAGUGCCUGAAGACCUUAACACCAGAGAACAGUCCCAAGCUGGCAGAUUCUCAAGUCACCCCAGAUGAGGAUAGUGGAGGUUCUAAGGAGGAUUUGAUGGAAAUGGAGAACCAUAAGGAAGAAAAUGAGGAGAGAACGGUGGCAAUACGGCUUUUCAAGACAGUUCUAAAGUGGUUGAGUGCAAGCCUGGGUCGUAUGUUCAUCACCUGUACAGAGGAACUGUUCGCUCUUCUACCAAUCAUCUGUGCUGUGGAGAAGGAAACGGCUGACGAUGAGCUGAUGACCUCCUGCUCUGUAGUGAUGGCUUACAUGUCCCAGGCCCUCAUCCAGCCAGAGCUCAUCCCUGUGGCUAUCAGGACUGUACAGGAGGUGUCCGAGAUGCCCUCCUGGCACUCGCGGUCUUCCAUACUUGGCUAUCUGCAGGUAAUGGUGUUCUGUAACUUCUUCACCUUCAACCAGCCUCACAUCAUUCGGCAAAUCAGGGAGUUGGUGCUCAGGCUUCUCUGUGAUGAACAGCUGGAGGUACGUCAGAUGGCAGCUGUCACCCUCAGCGGGCUGUUACACUGUGACUAUCUCACCAUGGACAAAGACAUUUUGCAUCACUUUGAGAAGUUGAGCAGCACGAAGUUGAAGAAGAGACAAAGACAGGCACCCCAGGUGAUUGCGCCCACUGAGGCGCUGAUCAAGCGGCAUGCUGGGGUGCUGGGGCUAAGUGCCUGUGUACAAGCUUACCCGUAUGAUGUCCCAGAGUUCAUCCCACAGAUCCUGAUGGAUCUGAGUAACCAUGUGAAUGACCCUCAGCCCAUACAGUUAACGGUGAAGAAAACGCUGUCCAAUUUCCGGCGGACUCAUCAUGAUAACUGGCAUGAUCACAAACAGAAGUUCACAGAUGAUCAGUUGGUCAUCUUGACUGACCUCCUGGUUUCUCCUAACUACUAUGCAUAAACUGAACAGUUGAGUGCCAGAAUGAAAUUAGGAGAUGAAAUUAGGCAGUUGAGAUUUAUGUCUCCAGUGAUUAAGUCAGUAGUAAGAGAGACAAAGCCUUCUCACUAGUGGGAUCUGCCAUAACUGAUGACAAUACUGCCAUAUACCGUUACUCUACA